GCUUGUCUCGUGCCCCCCGCCCUAAGGAGCGGUCCAGGGCCUGCGGGCGCCUGCGACCGCCGACGCCCGCUCUUGGUCGCCGCCUGCCCCGCGAUGGAAGUCGUGCGGGGUUAGCGUCGGUGGGGACGCUGGUCACCUGUCCCGAAGACGCCGGGACACAGACGCAGCCGCUGGAUGCCUCUAGUAUGACAGGAGUGGAGAUUCCACCUGCUUUUUAGCCAUGAAGGAGACAGACCGGGAGGCUGUUGCGACAGCGGUCCAAAGGGUUGCUGGGAUGCUUCAGCGCCCGGACCAGCUGGACAAAGUGGAGCAGUAUCGCAGAAGAGAGGCCCGUAAAAAGGCCUCGGUGGAGGCCAGAUUGAAGGCCGCAAUCCAAUCACAGUUGGAUGGGGUGCGCACGGGCCUGAGCCAGCUCCACAAUGCACUGAGUGACGUCAAGGACAUCCAGCGGUCCCUGGCCGAUGUCAGCAAAGACUGGAGGCAAAGCAUCAACACCAUCGAGAGCCUCAGGGACGUGAAGGAUGCAGUUGUGCGACACAGCCAGCUCGCUGCAGCUGUGGAGAAUCUCAAGAACAUCUUCUCAGUGCCCGAGAUUGUGAGGGAGACCCAGGACCUCAUAGAACAAGGGGCGUUCCUGCAGGCCCACCGGAAGCUGAUGGAUCUAGAGUGCUCCCGGGACGGGCUGAUGUACGAGCAGUACCGCAUGGACAGUGGGAACACUCGUGACAUGACCCUCAUCCACAGCUACUUCGGGAGCACGCAGGGGCUCUCUGAUGAGCUGGCCAAGCAGCUGUGGGUGGUGCUGCAGAGAUCGCUGGUCACUGUCCGCCGUGACCCCACCUUGCUGGUCUCAGUUGUCAGGAUCAUUGAAAGAGAAGAAAAAAUAGACAGGCGCAUACUUGACCGGAAAAAGCAAACUAGCUUUGUUCCUCCUGGGAGGCCCAAGAAUUGGAAGGAGAAGAUGUUUGCCAUCUUGGACAGAACUGUGACUACUAGAAUCGAGGGCACGCAGGCAGACACCAGGGAGUCUGACAAGAUGUGGCUCGUCCGCCACCUAGAAAUCAUAAGGAAGUAUGUCCUGGAUGACCUCAUUGUUGCCAAAAACCUGAUGGUUCAGUGUUUUCCUCCCCACUAUGAGAUUUUCAGAAACCUCCUGAACAUGUACCACCAGGCCCUGAGCACACGGAUGCAGGAACUUGCAUCGGAGGACCUAGAGGCAAAUGAGAUCGUGAGCCUGUUGACGUGGGUCUUAAACACCUAUGCAAGCACAGAGAUGAUGGGGAACGUGGAGCUGGCCCCAGAAGUGGAUGUCAGUACCCUGGAGCCUUUACUUUCUCCAAACGUGGUCUCUGAGCUACUGGACACGUACAUGUCAACUCUCACUUCAAACAUCAUCGCCUGGCUGCGGAAAGCACUAGAGACAGACAAGAAAGACUGGAUGAAAGAGACUGAGCCUGAAGCUGACCAAGAAGGGUACUACCAGACGACGCUCCCUGCCAUCGUCUUCCAGAUGUUUGAACAGAAUCUUCAAGUAGCUGCUCAGAUAAGUGAAGAUUUGAAAACAAAGGUACUAGUUUUGUGUCUUCAGCAAAUGAAUUCUUUCUUAAGUAGAUACAAAGAGGAAGCUCAGCUGUAUAAGGAAGAGCACCUGAAGAACCGGCAGCACCCUCACUGCUACGUGCAGUACAUGGUCGCCAUCAUCAACAACUGCCAGACCUUCAAAGAAUCCAUAGUAAGUUUAAAAAGGAAGUAUUUAAAAAGUGAAAUGGAAGAAAGUAUAUCUCUGAGCCAGCCAAGUAUGGAUGGGAUUCUGGACACCAUUGCGAAGGAGGGCUGCGGCAGCCUGCUGGAGGAGGUCUUCCUGGACCUGGAGCAACAUCUUGGUGAGCUGAUGACAAAGAAGUGGCUCUCAGGGUCGAACGCUGUGGACAUCAUCUGUGUCACUGUGGAAGACUAUUUCAACGACUUUGCCAAGAUUAAGAAGCCAUAUAAAAAGAGGAUGACGGCCGAGGCACACCGGCGCGUGGUGGUGGAGUACCUGCGGGCCGUCAUGCAGAAGCGCAUCUCAUUCCGGAGCGCCGAGGAGCGCAAGGAGGGUGCUGAGAGGAUGGUCCGGGAGGCUGAGCAGCUCCGCUUCCUGUUCCGGAAGCUGGCCUCUGGAUUUGGUGAAGACGCAGACGGGUACUGUGACACUAUCAUAGCGAUUGCAGAAGUUAUCAAGCUGACAGACCCUUCUCUGCUCUACCUGGAAGUCUCGACUCUGGUCAGCAAAUACCCAGACCUCAGGGAUGACCACAUCGGUGCACUGUUGGCUGUGCGAGGGGACGCCAGCCGGGACAUGAAGCAGACCAUCAUCGAGUCACUGGAGCAGGGCCCAACGCAGGGUCCCCAGGGACUGGCUGGUUUGGUUGCGGGACGGCAGCCUCCCUCCCCUGCGGGACAUGUUGUGCGUGCAGUGCUGGGCCACUCUGAACUUUGUGUGGAGUCCUCGUGGGCACAGGCUUGAUUUCCUCUCAAGACACCUUCGAGAUGGCAAAGUGGAUAUUGUGUUUUUAUUUCAUCCUCACAAGAUGUGAAAAAUUCACAAGUAGUACUUUUUCUUGAAAAACUCAAAUCCUAAGUGAAAUUAAGUAACUAAAAAUUAGAUGCAGUUCUUGUAUUACUGGCUCAGAAAAGAGGUAAUCUUUUAAGACAUCUAGCUAAUGUGCUGUCUCUCAGUGCACAUAUUAAUCCAGCUCCCCACUUAGUGAUGCACCUUAAACCAUGCCUAGCAUGUAGUAAGUGCUCAGUGGAUAUUUUUUGAAUCAAUGAAAUUAAUCUUAAUCAUUAAUUAUCGCCCCUUAUCAUAAUAAAAAUACGUUUAUUUUUCCA